UGGGUACCCAUCAAUCAUAUAAUAUAUAUAUUUAUAUAUUAAAUUAAGCAGAAAUAUGUGUGUAGAAAUUAGGCAGAAAUUACACAUGGAUAUAUUUGUAUAUUGGGUUUGAAAAUGUCUCUUCUUUUUACUGGUUUUUUUACUGGUCUUGGUGAGAUUCUUGGGUAGUUGUAGUUGAAGUUGGAAUGCUUUACUUUGGUCACUGUCCAUAAGCAUAUAUUCUCUCCAUAUGCUUUGCAAAACCAGUGACUAUCUGGGAGCUCAUCUUAAUCAUUGCAACUAGAGGUCAGCAUAGUGUAAUUAUUCGGGCAAGAAAUGAGCUUCAAUAGCUCUAGUGUAGGUUCUGGUAGUAGAACUUCUACAAGGACAUUUGAAUUUGGAAGGACCCAUGUGGUCAGGCCCAAAGGGAAACACCAAGCCACCAUAGUUUGGUUACAUGGCCUUGGUGAUAAGGGCUCAAGCUGGUCCCAGCUCUUGGAGACCCUUCCUCUUCCAAAUAUUAAGUGGAUUUGCCCAACUGCUCCUACACGGCCAGUAGCUAUAUUUGGUGGAUUCCCUUGCACUGCUUGGUUUGAUGUGGGUGAUAUUUCAGAAGAUGCUCCUGAUGAUUUGGAAGGGCUAGAUGCUUCAGCAGCACAUGUUGCAAAUCUUUUGUCAACAGAGCCUGCUGAUAUCAAACUAGGCGUUGGGGGUUUCAGUAUGGGUGCUGCAACAGCCCUCUAUUCUGCUACAAGCCGUGUUUUGGGGCAAUAUGGGAAUGGAAAUCCAUACCUGGUUAACCUAAGCGCAAUCGUUGGUCUGAGUGGGUGGCUUCCUUGUUCAAGGACUUUGAAAAACCGAAUAGAAAGAUCACAAGAGGCUGCAAGGCGCGCAGCAUCUUUGCCCAUUUUGCUCUGCCAUGGUUUAGUUGAUGAAGUAGUAGCAUAUAAUCAUGGAGAGAAAUCUGCACAAACCUUGAGUUCAGCUGGAUUCCGAAAUCUAACAUUUAGAAGCUAUGAUGGGCUUGGGCAUUACACUGUUCCUGAAGAGACUCAGGAGGUUUGCAGUUGGCUCACUGCAAUGUUGGGGCUCGAGGGGUCCCGGUCAUAAUUGUGGAAAUAGUUGGUGAGGAAGCAUGGGGGUAUACACAAGAGGAAAAACAUAAAUAUAUCUCUAGGGAGUAGAGGGGCAACUUUAGAUUAGGUGGUACCAUGGGGUAUAUGGUAUACUUGCAUUGUUCAACCUAUCUUUCAGUCUUGGUCUUGUCUUUCCUAAAAUAAACUUGUUUGACUAUGGGUCACUCCUAUCUGGUUUUGUUAUUAGAGAAAUCUGUCUUUUUUCUUUUCCUUUUUCCCCAUAAAAGGGUGGUGGCGUUGGGUUCUUAAUUUUCCUUCUUUUGGGCGAUGGUGUAACGGGAAAUUAGCCACUUCGUUGGGAAAUGGAUGUACUUUGAGAUGCAUUUCUAAAGUGCUAUAUCUUGCUUGGUUCAUUUCUUUUA